CUACCGCGACCAACCUGACCGGCCAGCCGCCCCGCCGUCGUCGCCUCUGCCGCCGCGAUUUGUCCGGCGGGAUCGCACGAGGAAGAAAGGGAGAGAGAUGAGGAGCAGCGAGGCCAUGGAGCUCCUGGGCUUCGCUCCCUGCUCCCGCCCGUCCCCUUCCGAGGUUAAGGCUGCGUAUAGAAGAAUGGUCAUGGAGUCCCAUCCCGAUCGCGUCCCGAUGGAUCAGAAGCCUCAAGCCGAGUCAAAAUUCAAGCAGGUAGUAGAAGCAUAUUCUUGUUUGAAGGAUGGUCGAAGAUUUGGGAACAGAAUGGAAGUACAUGUAAUGAGGUCUGGUGUUCCAACGGGAUACAGAAGAUCAAACAAGAUAUUGGUUAAAGCCCCCUUUCUGCUCAUAAUUUGUGCCGCAGUUUCCUUUGGUUCCUACAGCGCUUCGAGGGCAUACCAGCGGCAAAAGGAUGUGUGUUCCUCUCAGAACCCUUUUCUUCCAUAAUGGAACUCAUUGUACUGUCGAUAUCCAUAUAAGCUAAUA